AUGAUGGACAUCCUCCUCUCACUCCCCAUCCUAUCCGUCUUCCUCGGGGGGAGCCUGACCUCGUGGUCCACCUCGCUCAACCUCCUCUUCUUCUAUAUGACCUGGUCCACUCUCGUCCUGUCCCACAACCCCCUCUACGUCGAGCUGUUCGGCACCCUGGCCAUCCGCUUGGUCUUCUUCCUAGUGCCCUCCCUAGUCUUCCUCCUCUUCGACACCCUCCUACCCUCCCUUUCCGAGAGCAUCAAGUACGGCGGCGCAUCCGCCCUGCCCCCGCGCGACGCCCGCGCCCUCGGCACCGCGCUCGUUCUGGCCCUCCUCAACGUCGUGCUCGAGACGGCCCUCGAGGCCGGCACCAGCCUCGGCCUGACCCUCCUGUUCGGCCAUGUCCCCUUCAAGACCACCACCACCCUCCCGCUGCCCUGGGCCAUCGUCAAGCAGCUGGGCUGGCUGUACGUCUCCCGCGAGGCCCUGACGUACUACGUCCACAAGACGGUCCUGCACUCCAGCGCGCACGCCUGGACCCGCCGCGCCCCGCUGAGGUCCUCGCGCGGCUGGGUCGCCAAGCAGCACUCGCGCUUCGCCCACUCGCGCUCCGCCGCCCCCUACAGCCUCUCCCUGGCGGCCGACCACCCGGUCCCGUUCCUCCUGCACCGCUUCGCGCCCGUCUACCUGCCGGCGCUGGCUGUCCGGCCGCACCUGCUGGUCUACUUCCUCUUCGUGGGGCUCAUCACCCUCGAGGAGACGCUCACCAUGUCUGGGUAUACGGUCGUGCCGGGUAUCAUCAUGGGCGGCAUCGCGAAGCGCAACGCGACGCACUACGGCGCCGGCCACCGCGGGGCGUCGAGCGGCAACUACGGCGCCUGGGGCGUGCUGGACUGGGGCUGUGGGACGGGCAUGGGUGGGCGCGACAUCGAGGAUGACGUGCGCAGUGAGGCCGAGAAGCACCAGGUCCGGGAGAGGGGGGAGAGGAAGGCAAGUGACGCUGCCGCGCUGGUCCAGAACGGCAUCGAUAAUAUCAGGAAAGGAGGCAAGAAGAAGGGCAAGCGCAGCAGCGGAAGUGACUAA